CGGACUGAGUUAAAUUCUGCCUUAAGAUGCUGCGGGAACUUUGUGGAAGCAGCAAAUUCUAAACAGCUUCUCCCUGAGCAGGAAGGUUCAUUCAUGCUUCUGUUUUUGCUCUGAAAAACCUAAUUUUUAACUCCUUUCCACCUCCACUGCUCCAGUCUACAGGAGUUUUGUGAUAUUUUGCCUCCGUUUCUGGAUCUUGGGGACAAUUUCAUGGUUUUUCCUCCUGCUGCUCGUUUUUUUUUUUUACACUGACAAGGUUGGUCGUGGAGAGAUAAAAAGUUACUCCCAGUUGACUGAAAGUCUGAACCUCUCUGCAAAUUCGGCACGGAAAAGUUAAGUUUUUCUUGAGGUUCCGAUGCUAAUUGUCUCGCUUCUUCCACCCUUUCUGGUUUUGCUUUUCAUCCUGGGAUGCUCUCGCAAACGUAACUUUUAGAAGAUUCUAUUAGACACGGAUUUAACCUGGAUUUCAGCUGCUUCUCCUGCGGACUUGGUUGGAUAAACCUCUUUUAAUCUUUGGGUGCUUGCAAGAGAACAUUUUUUUUCUUUCCACGGAUCAAACCCCUGUUCCAGAGGAUUUCCGCUGGUGGCAGCCACGAUGCUAAGACUUCUGCUGAGCGCGUUCCUCCCCUGCCUGAGCUUAUCUGCCCCGUCUCAUAUUAACAAACUCGCCCUGUUUCCGGAUAAGAACGCCUGGUGCGAGGCCAAGAACAUCACCCAAAUUAUCGGACACCACGGAUGCAAUUCUAAAUCCAUCCAAAACAGAGCCUGCAUGGGCCAGUGCUUCAGCUACAGCGUCCCCAACACUUUGCCGCAGUCGACGGAGUCCCUGGUGCACUGCGACUCCUGCAUGCCCUCGAACAUCAAGUGGGAUGUUGUCUCGCUGGACUGCCCCCAAAACGGAUACAUGUCCAAGGUGGAAAAACUGGUGGAAAAAAUCUUGCACUGCAGCUGCCAGGCGUGUGCGAUGGUCCAUCCCUCCUCGAACAUCGAAGAGCUUCCCCAUCAAGAAGCCUCCAACCCUUCCGCCUUCAGGCACCUCUUCGAAGGCGAGGCCGCCAAGCCCCAGCCCCCCUCCCAAAAUGACUGACCUUUCACCGGGAGCUCCCACCUCCUCCAUUUUUCUCCCCGCUUCUCCCUCUCUCCCUCUCUUUUUCUUUCCUCUCUCAAACCUCCAUCCUGUUCUGAUGUGGAGAAAAAGGGAAAACGAGGCGCAGAAUUCGGGGAGCCCUUUUGCCAUCCGGGAGAGAACAGGAAGCUGGGCUUGGGGGCGGGGGAGGCGACAACAUCUGGAUUUGGGAUCGGAAGGAUGAAGGCUCACUGGAGAACCAGAACCCCUUUUCCUGCCAAGAUGGAGUCACCGUUGUGAGCUUGCAAAGGGAGCAGUUUUUUAAAUUCCCUGGUGGAGAUUCUGUCGGUUCCAGAUUUAGGGAUGAUGAAGUGGAAGGUUGCCGACAGGAAGAAAGGGCAUCCUCCUUCCCUUUGCUCUGAGAUCCUUGCUCAAAAUCGGGCUGAAAGAAACAUGGAUUUUCUUGCUGUGUCCCUUGGGGUGCCCCCUAGGACCAUGGGAAGGGACUUUCCCCCUAUAUGUAUAUAGAUAUAGAUGUAUACCAGACUGAGAAGAACCUUGUUCAGCAGUAUUAUGAGAACAGAGUGCACCCUUGUUUAAACUUUCUUCUCUGUGGUAGCUGGGCUGAGAUGAUGAAGAACGGCCGUGAAUAAGAAACCACUGUAACCCCAGUUUAAAUCCUAGGACAAUCUUACUUCUGAAGCUUUCUUCAUGGCCUCUGCUAGCAUGGAACAUCUUGAAUGUAUGUUUUGAAAGGCAAUAUCCAAGCCAGAUUUGUGGUCCUCAGGGGUUGUGGUCCUCAGUUUUUAUCACACCAGCCAGGAAGGCUCUGGGAUGGGAGUUGUAGUCCAGAAUUUAUGGAGGACGCUAUCCAAGUCAUCUACCCAUGCUUUUGGCCUUGAUCUCAUGGUGCCCAGAUAAUGUCUCCCCUUUUUCUCACUCGAGGAGGUUGUCACAACUCCCAUCCGCCAGCAUGCAGGACACGAUCCGUACAGCGCACACAGAACCUACUCGAGAAAGUGUGUUCAGACAACUCUCCUCUCCACCUGCAGCGUGAUCUCUUGAGAACGGCCCUCUCUCUGCCAUGAACCCAGUCGCGUUUGUUGGAAAGAGGAGGAGAAAAUGGGGGCGGGGGGUUCUUUCCUUUGCAGAUGGGGUUUUGAUCCUCCUUGAACUGAUGCUGAAGCUGACACCGUUUGGAGUUGUAGCCCCCACAUUUUCCCACAUGAUCACCAGCUCCAACACUGGAAGUGUUUAAGAGUGUUGGGUAACCAUUUGUCUGAAGUUGUGAUGGGUUUCCUGCCUAAGCAGGGGUUGGACUAGAAGACCUCCAAGGUCCCUUCCAACUCUGUUAUUCUGUUCUAUUCUUUAGGGGGAGAGGGCUGUGGGGUAAGGGUCACCCUUUUUUCUUUGAAGAAACUGUUGCAGUAGGUUGUUGCUUGGAUCAACUAAAAACCAGCCAUGUUUUAGAAGCCAAUGGUUCCUAUGUAAAGGUUCCGCUUGUACAUAUGUGCUAGUCGUUUCUGACUCUAGGGGGUGGUACUCAUCUCCGUUUCCAAGCCGAAGAGCCA